AUGGAGAUGACUCGCCGUGGUGUUCCCCGUUGCUUGUCGUUGCCAAUUGUUGCCGCAUGCUGGCUUGCUUCCUCGUUGCCCACGCUCGCUCAGGACCCUUUCACGAACAACGACGGCCUUUACAGUUUCGUCACCCGCCCCGAGAUCAGGGCACCUAAACUCGACGUCAGAAUCUACGACAGGGAUGCCGUCGCGCCCGGGUACUGGUUUGUGGCGCCGUACAACACCAACAACGCGUGGGAAGCGCACCAGGGCCCGCUGUACGAGUCGUGCCAGGUCGGGCCGGCGAUAUACGACGGCGACGGGGAGCUGAUCUGGAGCGGGGCCUGCCUCUUCAACAACAUGAACGCCUUCGACUUCCGGCCCAUCGACUACGGCGGCAAGAAGUACCUCUCGCUCAACGUCGGGCGCGGCUCGCCGUCCGUCUACGGCGCGGGGCUCAUCCUGUCCGACACGUACGAGACGGUGCGCGAGGUGCAGCUGAGCGCCCACACGGCCGACUUCAACCAGCACGAGUUCAGCGUCAUCGACGACGGCGCCGCCGCGCUGUACGUCACCGAGCAGCCGCACCGCGUGCCCGGCGCCCCCAUCGGCCUGGGCAACGCCUCGGAGCUGUGGGCCCGCAGCAACGGCGUCGUCGAGGAGAGCCUGCUGUGGGGCCGCGAGGAGACGCGCGACUUCGACUGGGACUGCAUCGACCGCGUCCCGCUGAACGAGAGCACCUUUCCGUGGCCCGACGUGCCCGACGAGGGCCGCGGCUGGGACUACAUGCACAUGAACUCCAUCGACAAGUUCCCCGACGGCGACUACCUCGUCUCCAUGCGCUACUCCGACUCGCUGAUGCGCGUCGCCGCCGCCGACGGCUCCAUCGCCUGGCGCCUCGGCGGCCGCGCCUCCGACUUCGCCAUGGCGCAGCCCGACGGCGACCAGCUCUCCUUCUCGCGCCAGCACCACGCCCGCAUCGUCUCGACCAACUCGACCCACACCGUCGUCUCGCUGCUCGACAACGCCGCCGGCAGCCUCGGCACCGACGACGCCACCACCGCCGACGAGAGCGCCGCCCUCGUCGUCCGCCUCCACCACGACCCGGCCGACCCGUCCCGCCGGUCGUGGGCCGCCGAGCUCCUGCGCCGCCUCCCCCGCCCGGACGGCGACUACUCGCGCCUCCGCGGCUCCGUCCAGCUGCUCCUGCCACAGCCACAGCCCCAGCCCCAGCAGCCCCAGGACGCCGACGACGCAGACGCCGAUGCCGCUCCGUACUACUACUACCCGUCCUCCCUCACCCACAUCCACGACCGCUACCCGGACUGGGAAUCCUCCGCCAACAUCCUCGCCUGCUGGUCCAAAGACGGCUACGCCACCGAGUUCGCGCCGCCAUCCCGGGCCAACACCUCCACCGACACCACCGACACCACCGACACCACCGACACCAACCCCACCAACCCCAUGCACAUCGCCGCCGAAAUCCGCUUCGCCACCUCCCACCUCGACACCUACCGCGCCUUCAAGCACACGGGCUUCGUCGGCCGCCCCGCGACCGAACCGCCCGUCGUCAAGGCCUUCGCGUUCGGCGACGUCACGGGCCAGCAUUCGGGCGUCGUCGACGCGAGCGGUCGCGGCGUCGGGCAGGCGAUGACGGUCGCGUACGUGAGCUGGAACGGGGCGACGGAGGUGAGGGCGUGGCGGGUGUUUGGGGAGGUGGUGAGGGAUGGGGGGGUGGUGGUUGUGGGUUCGGCGGGGGAGGGGGAGGAGGAGGGGAAGGAGGGGGAGGAGGGGGGGAAGGGAAAGGAAGGGAAGGGGAGGGGGCCGGCGACGUAUGGGGAGCUGUUCGGGCUGGCGGGUGAUGUUGACGCCGACGACACCAGUCCCCCGUCCCCAUCCCCAUUCCCGAUUGCAUCCCCACCCCCAUCCCCAUCCACCCAGCACCCCGCCGACGCCGACGAGAACAGCAAACCCUCCUCCCCGCAAACACAAACAACCCCCCAAAAGCGCACCCCCUCCAAAAUCCCCUACCCCCCCGCCCCCCUCCCCCCGGACUCCCCCCCUCUAACCGCCCACCUCGGCACCUUCCCCCGCUCCGGCUUCGAGACCGUCCUCACCAUCCCCAACCUGCCCAUCUCCCGCCUGUGGGUCGAAGCCCUCGACAGCACCGGCACCGGCGCCACCGUCCUCGGCCGCUCCGAGACGGUGACGGUCGUCGUGCCGGCGGGCCAGCGGCCGUAUGAGCCGGUCGACGUUCUUGCGGGGCAGCACGAAGGGGAUGAUGGUGCGGCAGCUGUGGGGAAUGGCGAUUUCGUGUUUGCGGAUGAGAGGGAGGGGUUCAUCGGGUUGGUGAAGGUGCCGCCGCAGGCGGUGGGGGGUGGGGCGUGGGGGUAUGCGAGUGUGGUUGGUGGUCAGGGUGGAGAGGGUGACGCGUGGUGGUGGGGGUGGGUGGUGGUUGUUGGGGUUGGGGCCGGGGUCGGGGUGGGGGCGGCGGCGGUGGUGUUGGGGGUUUGGUGGGGGUGGAGUGUGUGGAGGGCUUGGGGGAGGAGGAGGAGGGGGGAACGCGGUGGAGGAGGAGGAGGAGCGGGGGGGAGGAGGGGGUGGAGGGGGUGGAAGGGCAAGGGAAAGGGGAAGGCGAAGGCGUCGGUGGAUAAGGGCAAGUAUAGGGCUGUUGCUGGGGAUGAUGGCGACGACGACGACGACGAUGAUUUCAAUGGCGAUGAGGAGGAGGCGAUGGAGUUGGUGGAGACGUCGGGAAGUGAAGGGGGCAGUGACGAGUAUCUCGGCCGGUUGGAUUGGGCGCCAGUGAGUUUCGGGAGGGGCGCUGCGGGCGUGGGUGAUGCGGGGAGGGGGAGCAGGUUCGACGAGGAGAUGACGUUGGGAGAUGUGAGGAGGGGGCUGGCCCAGGUGAGGCAGCAGCAUCAGAGGAGCGCGAGCCAGGCGGAAUACUGGAACGCGGGAGCCACGCCGUUGGUGAUGCAGGCGAAGAAUAAGUGGAACGAAGAGCCGAGGUAG